CAACGGGCUACAUCUUCAACACCACAACAUCAUCAUGGCAUCAGUCUCAAAAGCCCCUCUGGUCUGGAUAGACUGUGAGAUGACCGGCCUGAACACUGAUAAUGACACUAUCAUGUCUCUUGCCGCAUUUGUCACUGACGCAGACCUCAACAUCCUCGACGAAGCAGGCUAUGAGGCCAUCAUUCAUCAUGAAAAAGAGCAGCUCGACCGUAUGGGCGAGUGGUGUACAAGUCAUCAUGGGCAGUCUGGUCUAACGCAAGCCUGCAUCGACUCUGCCACUACCGCCGAAGAAGCAGCAGAGGGCCUACUUGCCUACAUCAAAAGAUUUGUGCCUGAGCGCCGCACUGCUCUGCUUUCCGGUAGCUCUGUGCAUGCCGACAAGUCUUUCCUCGUCAAGCAGCCUUACAAGGUUGUCACCGACUACCUCCACUACCGGAUCAUGGACGUCAGCAGCAUCAAAGAAGCUGCUCGUAGAUGGGCGCCCAAAGACACACUCAAGAAGAUUCCAAGGAAGAAGAUGUUGCAUGAGGCACGUGCGGAUAUUCUGGAGAGUAUCGAAGAAGCGAGAUACUAUCGCGAGGCGUUCUUUCUGAAGCCAGCGAGCACGAUAGAGUCGUCAAAAGAAUGAUGGUGGAUUCAGAAGUAGCAUGAAAGCCGUAUAGUUCUUGGAUAAGGCAGAGGAAAGAUGAGAUGAAUUGAUACUGCCUACAAGAGAUGAGGUGACUGCCUAUAUACGGCAGUCUAUUUGCUGCAUACAAAAGGAAUGUGAAGACAAUCAACCUGGUUGUACAUGAGAUGGAAGUUGAUGGAAACCAGCAACAAUCACCCUUGUCUAAACCCUAAAAAUCAUGCAUUAGUAUCAAACAGAGCGUCUUCUUGGAUUUUGGAUUCUGCUACGGCACAAAUCGCCUUGCAAGCACUGUUUUGCAAGUGUCACUGCUUCCUAUCAUGUCCACUGAUCUCGCGGCGUGUAUAGCGGCGGUCUGUCAUGCGCGGAUAUGCAGCAUUCCUGGAAGAAUGAUAGAAGACAUAGUGAGUAAACAUUGUAGUGUGGCAAAAACCUAAGAGAGGUAUGCAUAGGCGAUACAGGUUAUACAAGAGGUCGAAGAG